GUGAAGCUUUAUUCUAAGAAUAUUUGUUUCAUCUAGUUCAUGAGCUCAGAUUAUACUCUAAAUGUUACAGAAGUGUUGAAAGACUGCUCUGUCAUGAGCACCGACAGUAACUCUUUAGCACGUGAAUUUCUGACCGAUGUCAACCGGCUUUGCAAUGCAGUGGUCCAGAGGGUGGAGGCCAGGGAGGAAGAAGAAGAGGAGGAGGAGACACACAUGGCAACCCUUGGACAAUACCUUGUCCACGGCCGAGGAUUUCUUUUACUUACCAAGCUAAAUUCUAUCAUUGAUCAGGCAUUGACGUGUAGAGAAGAGCUCCUGACUCUUCUUCUGUCGCUCCUUCCAUUGGUGUGGAAGAUACCUGUUCACGAAGAGAAGGCAGCAGAUUUUAAUCUACCAUUCUCAGCUGAUAUAAUCCUGACCAAAGAAAAGAACUCAAGUUCACAAAGAUCUACUCAGGAAAAAUUAUAUUUAGAAGGAAGUGUUCCAUCGGGUCAGGUUUCUGCAAAAGUAAAUAUUUUUCAAAAAGGCAGACGACAGCGUAAAACCACCCAUCGCUAUUCUGUACGAGACGCAAGAAAGACACAGCUCUCCACUUCCGACUCAGAGGCCGAUUCAGACGACAGAAGGACAGCAGUGAACAAGCACAGACGGCCCCAUCAACUGCAGCCUUUUGUAACACAGGCUCCUAAAGAAGACAGACUUACAGCUCAGCCUGAGCGCUUGCCAGCCAAAGAACAGACUCCUCCUCACACCAUGGCUUUGGAAAGUUUCCAAGAGAUAAUACCAAGACAGGAGGCAAACACCGACAUUUUAAGUGAGCCAGCUGCCUUGUCUAUUAUUGGGCGCAUGAACAAUUCUCCAUUUGACUUAUGUUAUGUUUUGCUAUCUUUAUUAGAGAAAGUUUGUAAGUUUGACAUGACCUUGAAUCAUAAUUCUGCUCUAGCAGCCAGUGUAGUGCCCACACUGACUGAGUUCCUCGCAGGCUUUGGGGACUGCUGUAAUCUCAGUGACAACUUGGGGAGUCAAAUGGUUUCUGCAGGUUGGACUGAAGAACCAGUGGCCUUGAUCCAACGGAUGCUUUUUCGAACAGUGUUGCAUCUUAUGUCAGUAGAUGUUAGUACUGCAGAAAUGAUGCCAGAAAGUCUUAAAAAAAAUUUAACUGAAUUGCUCAGAGCAGCUUUAAAAAUUAGAACUUGCCUGGAAAAGCAGCCUGACCCUUUUGCACCAAGACAAAAGAAGACACUCCAGGAGGUUCAGGAAGGUUUUGUGUUUUCGAAGUACCGGCACAGAGCCCUGCUUUUACCCGAGCUUCUGGAGGGAGUGCUGCAGAUCCUCACCUGCUGCCUUCAGAGCGCAGCCUCAAACCCCUUCUUCUUCAGUCAGGCCAUGGACUUGGUCCGAGAAUUUAUUCAGCACCAUGGAUUCAAUUUGUUCGAAACAGCAGUUCUUCAAAUGGAAUGGCUGAUUUUAAGAGAUGGUGUUCCUACUGAGGCCUCAGAACAUUUGAAAGCCCUGAUAAACAGUGUGAUGAAAAUAAUGAGCACUGUCAAAAAAGUGAAAUCAGAGCAGCUUCAUCAUUCCAUGUGUACAAGGAAGAGGCACAGACGAUGUGAAUAUUCCCACUUUAUGCAUCACCACAGAGAUCUCUCAGGUCUCCUGGUUUCCGCUUUUAAAAACCAGGUUUCCAAAAACCCAUUCGAGGAGACUGCGGAUGGCGCUGUCUGCUACCCUGAGCGAUGCUGCUGCCUGGCUGUGUGUGCGCACCAGUGUCUGCGCCUGCUGCAGCAGGCCUCCCUGAGCAGCACGUGUGUGCAGGUCCUGGCAGGAGUCCAGGACGUCGGGAUAUGCUGCUGUAUGGACCCCAAGUCUGUCAUCAUUCCUUUGCUCCAUGCUUUUCAAUUGCCAGCACUGAAAAAUUUUCAGCAGCAUAUAUUGAAUAUCCUUAACAGACUUAUUUUGGAUCAGUUAGGAGGCGCUGAGGUGCCACAAAAAAUCAAAAAAGCUGCUUGCAAUGUGUGUACCAUUGACUCUGAUCAACUAGCUGAAUUAGAAGAAACACUGCAGGGGACCGCGCAUUACGAGGAGCCUUCCUCAGGCCUGUCCAGUCCUUACAGAUGCCAAGGGAUCCUGCCUAGCAGUGGGUCUGAAGACUUGUGGUGGAGAUGGGAUGCCUUAAAGGCAUAUCAGAAUUUUGUUUUUGAAGAGGACAGAUUACAUAGUGUCCAGAUUGCAAACCAUAUUUGCAAUUUAAUGCAGAAAGGCAAUGUAGUUGUUCAGUGGAAAUUGUAUAAUUACAUAUUUAAUCCUGUGCUCCAAAGAGGAGUUGAACUGGCCCAUCAUUGCCAGCACUUCAGUGUUACUUCGGCUCAGACUCAUGUGUAUAGCCAUCAAAAUCAGUGUUUGCCUCAGGAAGUGCUUCAGGUUUAUUUAAAAAUGCUGCCCACCCUGCUUAAAUCAAGGGUAAUAAGAGAUUUGUUUUUAAGUUGUAACGGAGUAAGUCAAAUAAUUGAAUUAAAUUACUUAGAUGGUAUUCGAGGUCAUUCCCUAAAAGCAUUUGAAACUUUGAUAAUCAGCCUUGGGAAGCAACAGAAAGAUCCAUCGAUUCCAGGUACUGAUGGGAUAGACGUUGAACAGAAGGAGCUGUCAUCCGUAAAUGCACGUCCCUCUCUCCAUAGCCAGCAGGCAUUUUCAGAUUCUCCUCAGAGUCUCAGCAAGUUUUAUGCUAGCCUCAAAGAAGCCUACCCAAAGAAACGGAAGUCCAUUAACCAGGAUGUUCACAUCAACACAAUAAACCUCUUCCUCUGUGUGGCAUUCUUGUGCGUAAGUAAAGAGGCCGACUCUGACGGGGAGUCUGCCAAUGAUUCGGAAGACACUUCCGGCUAUGACAGCACGGCCAGCGAGCCCUUGCACCACAUGUUGCCCUGCUUGCCUCUGGAGAGCCUUGUCCUGCCUUCCCCCGAUCGCAUGCACCAAGCAGCAGACAUUUGGUCCAUGUGCCGUUGGAUCUACAUGUUGAGUCCAGCUUUCCAGAAACAGCUUUCCAGGCUGGGUGGUUUUCGGGUGUGCCAUAAAUUAAUAUUCAUGAUCAUACAGAAACUGUUCAGAAGUCACGAAGAAGAGCAAGGAAGAAAGGAAGGAGCUACAGAUGUGAAUGAGAACCAAGAUUUCAUGAGAACUGCUCAAUCUGAGAUCACUGUGAAGGAGGAUUCAUUAUCUUUGACUGUGAAAAGUCCCCCCACACCAUCAGAACCAGGUAGUCUAAAGGAGAGUGCUGACAGUUUAGAUAAAUUAGAGUCACGGCAUAUCUCUUCCACAAAUGAAGACCAAAUCUUAGCUGCUGGAGCUGCUCCUGAGGAAGCAGAGGGACUUUCAAGUCGAGAAAGUGAGACCUCACUUCAGAGCAUACGGCUUCUGGAAGCCCUUCUGGCCAUUUGUCUUCACAGCACCAGAGCUAGUCAGCACAGGAUGGAACUGGAGUUACCUGAUCAGAACUUGUCUGUGGAAAAUAUAUUGUUUGAAAUGAGGGACCAUCUUUCCCGGUCAAAGGUGAUCGAGACAGAAUUAGCAAAGCCUUUAUUUGAUGCCCUGCUGCGAGUUGCACUGGGUCAUCACUCGGCAGAUUUUGAACACAGUGAUGCUAUGACUGAGAAGAGUCAUCAGCCUGAAGAAGAACUGUCAACCCAACCUGGAGAGCUUUCAGAAGAAGCCGAGGAUGCUCCGUGUUGUAGCUUUAAACUCUUGGUUGAAGAAGAAGGUUAUGAAGCAGAUAGUGAAAGCAAUCCUGAGGACAGUGAAACUUGGGAUGACGGGGUAGACAUAACGCCUGAAGCCGAAGAUUUCAUUGCUCCAGGCAGUCCAAGUGACUUACUUGAAAACCUCACUCAGGGGGAAAUAAUGUAUCCUGAGAUUUGCAUGCUGGAAUUGAAUUUGCUUUCUACUAGUAAAGCCAAACUUGAUGUGCUUGCCCAUGUAUUUGAGAGUUUUUUGAAAAUCAUCAGGCAGAAAGAAAAGAAUAUUUUUCUACUCAUGCAACAGGGAACUGUGAAAAAUCUUUUAGGAGGGUUCUUGAAUAUUUUAACACAGGCUGAUUCUGAUUUUCAAGCAUGCCAGAGAGUAUUGGUGGAUCUUUUGGUAUCUUUGAUGAGUUCAAGAACAUGUUCAGAAGAGCUAACCCUUCUUUUGAGAAUAUUUCUGGAGAAAUCUCCUUGUACAGAAAUUCUUCUUCUGGGUAUUCUGAAAAUUGUUGAAAGCGAUAUUGCUAUGAGCCCUUUACAGUAUCUAACCUUCCCUUUGCUGCACACUCCGAAUGUAAGCAGUGCUGUUUCAUCACAAAAGUGUCCUGGGAUUCUCAACAGUAAGGCCAUGGGAUUAUUGAGACGAGCACGGGUUUCCUGGAGCAAGAAAGAGGCUGACAGGGACGGUUUUCCCCAGCAGCUGCUCUCCUCUUGGCACGUAGCCCCAGUGCACCUGCCGCUGCUGGGACAGAACUGCUGGCCGCACCUUGCAGAAGGCUUCAGCGUUUCACUGUGGUUCAACAUGGAGUGUGUCCUUGAAGCUGAGAGUUCCACAGAAAAACUAAAGAAGAUCAGGAAAAGAAAGAAGUCAUUAAUUUUUCGGGAUAGUAGUUUUGAUGGAACAGAGACCAACAGGCCAGAAGGUGCAGAGUACAUAAAUCCUGGUGAAAGACUCAUAGAAGAAGGCUGUAUUCACAUGAUUUCACUGGGAUCCAAAGCACUGAUGAUCCAAGUGUGGGCUGAUCCCCAUACUGGCACUUUCAUCUUUCGCAUGUGCGUGGAUUCAAAUGAUGAUGCGAAAGCUGUUUUACUAGCUCAGGCGGAAUCACUGGAGAAUGUUUUCCUCCCAAGCAAAUGGCAACAUUUAGUACUCACCUACUUACAGCAGCCCCAGGGGAAAAAGAAUAUUCAUGGGGAAAUCUCCAUAUGGGUCUCUGGACAGAGGAAACCUGAUGUUACUUUGGAUUUUAUGCUUCCAAGGAAAACAAGUUUGUCAUCUGAUAGCAAUAAAACAUUUUGCAUGAUUGGCCAUUGUUUAUCAUCCCAAGAGGAGUUUUUGCAGUUGGCUGGAAAAUGGGACCUGGGAAAUUUACUCCUCUUCAAUGGAGCUAAGAUUGGUUCACAAGAGGCCUUUUAUCUAUAUGCUUGUGGACCCAACCACACAUCCAUAAUGCCGUGUAAAUAUGGCAAGCCUGUGAUUGACUACUCCAAGUAUAUUAGUAAAGAAAUUUUGCAAUGUGAACAAAUCAGAGAACUUUUUAUGACCAAAAAAGAUGUGGACAUUGGUCUCUUAAUCGAAAGCCUUUCGGUUGUUUAUGCAACAUGCUGUCCUGCUCAGUACACCAUCUAUGAGCCAGUUAUUAGACUUAAAGGUCAAGUGAAAGCCCAGCUCUCUCAAAGACCUUUCAGCUCAAAGGACGUUCAGAGCAUCUCAAUGGAACUUCAUCAUCUAAAGAAUCUCCGACCUAUAGAGUGUAAAACUAUCCAAGGCAUUCUACAUGAGAUUGGGGGAACUGGGAUAUUUGUAUUUCUCUUCGCUAGGGUUGUGGAACUUAGUAGCUAUGAAGAAACUCAAGCAUUAGCACUGAGAGUUAUACUCUCAUUAAUUAAAUACAACCAACAGAGAAUACAUGAAUUAGAAAAUUGUAAUGGGCUUUCCAUGAUUCAUCAGGUGUUGAUCAAACAAAAAUGCACUGUUGGCUUUCACAUUUUGAAGACCCUUCUUGAAGGUUGCUGUGGGGAAGAUAUUCUUCAUCUCAAUGAGAAUGGAGAGUUUAAAUUAGAUGUGGAGUCUAAAGCUAUAAUCCAAGAUGUUAAACUGCUCGAGGAGCUAUUGCUUGACUGGAAGAUAUGGAAUAAAGCAGAGCCAGGUGUUUGGGAAACUCUGCUAGCAGCUCUGGAAGUGCUCAUCCGAGCAGACCACCAGCACCAGAUGUUGAAUGUCAAGCAGUUAUUGAAAGCACGGGUCGUUCAUCACUUUCUACUGACUUGUCAGGUUUUGCAGGAACACAAAGAGGGGCAGUUUACAUCCAUGCCCCUAGAGGUUUGUAGAUCAUUUGUGAAAAUUAUAGCAGAAGUCCUUGGAUCUCCUCCAGAUUUGGAAUUAUUGACAAUAAUCUUCAAUUUCCUUUUAGCAGUUCACCCUCCUACUAAUACUUAUGUUUGUCACAACUCCACAAACUUCUACUUUUCUUUGCACAUAGAUGGUAGGAUCUUCCAGGAGAAAGUAGAGUCGAUCAUGUACCUGAGACAUUCCAGCAGCAGUGGAAAGGCUGUCCCCGGCCCUGGUCUGAUGACAAUCAGCCCGUCUGGUUUUACCGCUUCACUACCUGAAGGAAACAGUUCCUCCAGUAGUGUUCUACUGCCGACGGCUGCCAACCUGCGGCGUUCUAGAAGCCUGCCAGCACUUCCCACUUCUUCUCUCACGCCACCACAAAAGAUGACUGGAAGUUCGGACUGUGGCCUUGACAAGUUACAAAGUACUGCAGAUGAUCAUGUUGCUUCCCAACCUGAGAAAUGGAAUCUUCCGGGGAGUUCGGAGACACUGAGAAAAGGCGAAGAGGAUGCAUUCGUCAGUAGCUGUGAAUCUGCAAAAACUAUUUCUGAGAUGGAAGCUGUCCUUUCAGGACAAGCUUCUGUCAGUGGUGUUCCCAGAGGAACAUUGGAGUUUCUGGUGGUCAAAGUAGAUCAGAAAGAGUUGGAUGCAGAACCCAGAGCAGAUGGUGACAGCCCUGGGGACGAAUCCUGCCCACGCCGCCCUGAUUACCUAAAGGGGCUGGCCUCAUUCCAGCGAAGCCACAGCACCAUUGCAAGCCUAGGGCUAGCUUUCCCUUCACAGAAUGGAUCUGCAGCCAUCCGCCAAUGGCCAAGUCUUGUUGACAGGAACACCGAGGACUGGGAAAACUUUGCCUUUUCUCCUGGUUAUGAGCCAAACUACUACCGAACUACAGAUGUUCACAGUGUAACUGAAGAUUGUUUGAUUCCUAUAUGCUGUGGAUUAUAUGAGCUCUUAAGUGGAGUUCUCCUCAUCCUACCUGACGUUAUGCUUGAAGACGUGAUGGACAAGCUUAUUCAUGCAGAGGUGCUGUUAGUCCUCAUGAACCACCCCUCGCCUGCUAUUCAGCAAGGAGUUAUUAAACUAUUAGAUGCAUAUUUUAAUAGAGCAUCUAAGGAACAAAAAGAUAAAUUUUUGAAGAAUCGUGGCUUUUCCUUGCUAGCCAACCAGCUGUAUCUUCAUCGAGGAACCCAGGAGCUGUUAGAGUGCUUCACAGAAAUGUUCUUCGGUCGACAUAUUGGCCCUGAUGAAGAAUUUGAUCAGGAAGAUGUGAAAAACGUGGGACUUUUUCAGAAGUGGGCUGUCAUUCCUAUUCUGGGACUUAUAGAGACCUCUCUAUAUGACAACACCCUCUUGCAUAAUGCUCUCCUACUUCUCCUCCAAAUACUAAAUUCUUGUUCUAAGGUAGCAGAUAUGUUGUUGGAUAAUGGUCUUCUCUACGUGUUGUGUAAUACAGUAGCAGCCCUGAACGGAUUAGAAAAGAACAUUCCUUUGAAUGAAUACAAACUGCUUGCUUGUGAUAUACAGCAACUUCUCAUAGCUGUUACAGUUCAUGCCUGCAGUUCCUCAGGCUCACAGUAUUUUAGAGUUAUUGAAGACCUCAUUGUGUUGCUUGGAUAUCUUCAAAACAGCAGAAAUAAGAGGACACAAAAUAUGGCUGUCGCACUGCAGUUCCGAGUUCUCCAGGCUGCUAUGGAAUUUAUAAGGACCACUGCAAACCAUGACUCAGAAGACCUCACAAAUUCAUUCCAGUUACCUUCUGCUCCCCAUCAUACAAUACUUCAAAAGCGAAAGAGCAUUGCUGGUCCUCGGAAAUUUCCCCUUGCUCAAACUGACUCCCUUCUGAUGAAAAUGCGUUCAGUGGCGAGUGAUGAACUUCAUAUGAUGAUGCAACGGAGAAUGAGCCAGGAGAACCCUGUCCAGGCAAGCGAAACAGAGCUUGCACAGAGAUUGCAGAAGCUCACCACUUUGGCUGUUAAUCGGAUUAUUUAUCAAGAGUUUAGUCCAGACAUUGUUGACAUUUUGAGUACUCCAGAAAAUGCCACUCAAAACAAGACCUCAGUUUCCCAAACUGAAAUUUCUGAAGAAAAUAUUCAUCAUGAACAGAUUUCCGUUUUCAAUCCAUUUCAGAAAGAAAUAUUCACGUACCUGGUAGAAGGAUUCAAAGUAUCUAUUGGUUCAAGUAAAACCAGUGGUUCCAAGCAGCAGUGGACGAAGAUUGUAUGGUCUUGUAAGGAAACCUUCCGAAUGCAGCUGGGGAGACUACUCACACAUAUUUUGUCACCAGCCCACCCUUCACAAGAGAGAAAGCAAAUUUUUGAAAUAGUUCAUGAACCAAAUUAUCAGGAAAUACUACGAGACUGUCUUAGCCCAUCCUUGCAACAUGGAGCCAAGUUAGUUUUGUAUUUGGCAGAGCUGAUACAUAAUCACCAAGAUGACUUGACUCAGGAAGAACUAGACACAGCAGAACUGCUUAUGAAUGCGUUAAAGUUAUGUGGCCAUAAGUGCAUCCCUCCCAGUGCAGCAACAAAACCAGAGCUUCUUCAAAUCAUCAAAGAGGAACAAAAGAAAUAUGAAACUGAAGAAGGUGUGAACAAAAUUACCUGGCAGAAAACAGUUAAAAAUAAUCAACAAAGUCUUUUUCAGCGUCUCGAUUCAAAAUCAAAGGAUAUAUCUAAAAUAGCUGCAGAUAUCACCCAGGCAGUGUCUCUCUCCCAAGGAAUUGAGAGAAAAAAGGUGAUCCAGCAUAUCAGAGGGAUGUACAAAGUAGAUCUGAGCGCCAGCCGACACUGGCAGGAGCUUAGUCAACAGCUGACCCAUGAUAGAGCAGUCUGGUAUGACCCCAUCUACUAUCCAACUUCCUGGCAGUUGGAUCCAACAGAAGGGCCAAACCGAGAGAGGAGGCGUUUACAGAGAUGUUACUUAACUAUUCCAAACAAGUAUCUGCUUAGGGAUAGACAGAAAUCAGAAGAUGUGGUCAAACCACCACUCUCUUACCUCUUUGAAGACAAAACUCAUUCUUCUUUCUCUUCUACUGUAAAAGACAAAGCUGCAAGUGAGUCUAUAAGAGUGAAUCGCAGAUGCAUCAGCGUUGCCCCGUCUAGAGAGACAGCUGGUGAAUUGUUAUUAGGUAAAUGUGGAAUGUAUUUUGUGGAAGAUAAUGCUUCUGAUACAGUUGAAAACUCGAGCCUUCAGGGAGAAUUGGAACCAGCAUCAUUUUCCUGGACAUAUGAAGAAAUCAAAGAAGUUCACAAGCGCUGGUGGCAGCUGAGAGACAACGCUGUGGAAAUCUUCUUAACCAAUGGCAGGACACUGCUGUUAGCACUGGAUAACACCAAGGUGCGUGAUGACGUGUACCACAGUAUACUGACCAGUGACCUUCCUAACCUUCUGGAGUACGGCAACAUCACUGCUCUGACAAACUUGUGGUAUACUGGGCAAAUUACUAAUUUUGAAUAUUUGACGCACUUAAACAAACAUGCCGGCCGAUCGUUCAAUGAUCUCAUGCAGUAUCCGGUGUUCCCAUUCAUACUGGCUGACUACAUUAGUGAGACCCUCGACCUCAGUGAUCCAUCUGUCUACAGAAAUCUCUCCAAGCCCAUAGCUGUGCAGUAUAAAGAAAAGGAAGAUCGGUAUGUGGACACAUAUAAGUACUUGGAGGAAGAGUACCGCAAAGGGGUCAGAGAGGACGACCCGCUGCCCCCCGUGCAGCCCUACCACUACGGCUCCCACUACUCCAACAGCGGCACGGUGCUGCACUUCCUGGUCAGGAUGCCACCCUUCACCAGGAUGUUCCUGGCCUACCAAGAUCAAAGUUUUGACAUUCCAGACAGAACCUUCCAUUCCAUGAACACAACCUGGCGUCUCUCAUCUUUUGAAUCCAUGACCGACGUGAAAGAACUUAUCCCAGAGUUUUUCUAUCUUCCAGAGUUUUUAGUUAACCGAGAAGGCUUUGAUUUUGGUGUGCGUCAGAACGGUGAACGGGUUAAUCAUGUCAACCUCCCGCCGUGGGCACGUAACGACCCUCGUCUUUUUAUCCUCAUCCAUCGACAGGCUCUGGAGUCUGACCACGUGUCCCAGAACAUCUGUCAGUGGAUUGACUUGGUGUUCGGGUACAAGCAAAAAGGGAAGGCUUCCGUGCAUGCCAUCAAUGUCUUCCAUCCUGCUACAUAUUUUGGAAUGGAUGUCUCUGCAGUUGAAGAUCCAGUUCAGAGACGAGCUCUGGAAACCAUGAUCAAAACCUACGGCCAGACCCCUCGUCAGCUGUUUCAGUCAGCCCACGUGAGCAGACCUGGUUCCAAGCUCAGCCUUGAAGGAGAGCUUCCUGCGGCCGUGGGGCUGUUGGUGCAGUUCGCUUUCAGAGAAACCCGAGAGCAGGUCAAGGAAAUUACCUAUCCGAGUCCUUUGUCGUGGAUAAAAGGCUUGAAGUGGGGGGAGUACGUGGGUUCCCCAAGUGCUGCGGUGCCUGUGGUCUGCUUCAGCCAGCCCCACGGAGAAAGGCUGGGUUCCCUCCAGGCUCUGCCCACCAGAGCAAUUUGUGGUUUGUCCCAAAAUUUCUGUCUUCUGAUGACAUACAGCAAAGAACAAGGCGUGAGGAGCAUGAACAGCACAGACAUCCAGUGGUCCGCCAUCCUGAGCUGGGGCUAUGCCGACAACAUUUUAAGGUUGAAGAGUAAACAAAGCGAGCCUCCAAUAAACUUUAUACAAAGUUCACAACAGUAUCAGGUGACCAGUUGUGCGUGGGUGCCCGACAGCUGCCAGCUGUUCACUGGGAGCCGGUGUGGAGUCAUCACAGCCUAUGCAAACAGGAUGACGGGCAGCACGCCUUCAGAGAUAGAGAUGGAAUCUCAGGUACAUCUCUAUGGGCACACAGAAGAGGUCACCAGCUUGUUUGUCUGCAAACCAUACAGUGUCCUGAUAAGUGUGAGCAGAGACGGGACCUGCAUCAUCUGGGACUUGAACAGGUUGUGCUACGUACAAACUCUGGCAGGACACAAAAGCCCUGUCACAGCCGUCUCUGCCAGCGAAACAACAGGUGACAUUGCCACUGUGUGUGAUUCAGCGGGUGGAGGCAGCGACCUGAGACUCUGGACAGUGAACGGGGACCUCGUGGGACAUGUGCACUGCAGAGAGAUCAUCUGUUCCGUCGCUUUCUCUAACCAGCCUGAGGGGGUGUCCAUCAAUGUGAUCGCGGGGGGCCUGGAAAACGGAAUCGUGAGGUUAUGGAGCACGUGGGACCUGAAGCCGGUGCGGGAGAUCACGUUUCCUAAAUCCAAUAAGCCCAUUGUCAGCCUCACGUUUUCCUGCGAUGGCCACCAUCUGUACACAGCGAACAGCGACGGGACGGUGAUCGCCUGGUGUCGGAAGGACCAGCAGCGCCUGAAGCAGCCCAUGUUCUGCUCCUUCCUCAGCAGCUACGCGGCUGGAUGAAGAACUGGGCUCUCCAGCGCUCGGACUCCACACUCUGUCCAUAACUUCUCCAUCGCCGGAGGGUGACCUGCAGAAACGGUGACCAAACAACCCUUCCGAAUAAUAUCAAGUCUAUUCAUCUGCACUGAACUCUGCAGCCUCACGGGUCCUGAGAAGGUUUGUUCUGUUAGUGAUCAUCUGCAGGGUGUGACCGCGUGCCCUGACCAACAGGACUGAAGCCUGGGACAGUAAAUGAAAAUCGUAUUCUUCAAGUUUUUUCCUACAAAAAUAUUCUAAAGAAAAGAUUAGGGUCGCUCCUUUUUCUAUUAUUCUAAGAGGGCCAACAGAAUUUAAAUUGGUUGGCUAAUUGUUUAUAAAAUACUCUAAAAAUUAUAUUUAAAAUUUUAUGCUGAGAUAACUUUCAACUGCCCUCCACCCCCCAGAAAAAGGAAAGAAAAGGAUAAAGAAUUCAGGAUUUGAUCACUGCUUUCUUUAAUAAGUAAAUUGUUUGGUAGGUGCCUCUGCACCAAACAUUUUAUGGAACAUCUGAAUACUAAAAACAGACUACUAAUGAAUCUCAAUAUUAAAAGGCAGUUUCUGCCAGUUGCCUUCUUAAUUCAAAGUAGAACCAGAAUGUUUUGACAGCCUCUAAUAAGAACAGGGGUAUCUGAUUUCAGACACAUUCUGUGUCUCCAUAAACGUCCCACUGAAAAUCCAUAACACUAGAUAUUGACUACCCUUAGCUGAGUCACUAAGGUUUAACACAAUAAGUCUCUUCAUAUCUGCCAUGUAUAGAGUAUUGAAAACUUAACAGUUUGCAUUAGAAAGCCUUCACUGUGCAGAGAGUUUGCACGGAUAUUAAUAAUCCACUGGGGGUGAGACGUUUAAUGUGCAGGAAGAGGUUUCUUCCCCAGAAGAGAAGGUGAUGGCUUACUUUACCUUAAACAUGAGGCUGAACGAUUCCUGUAGGAAAGUUUCUGCUCUGGUUCCACUGACCUGUACCUGAGAAUCUGAGGAACAGGAGACACAUCUCACUGCACCACAGCGAACUCACUCGCUGCAGGGACAGAAUCCUGAAACUCUUGGAACAGUCUCUCUGCCAUGUAUCACGGCUGUGUUUCUACUUGGGUGCUGCUGGAUUGGCUUUGGAGACACUAAAAUAUCUGAGUAAUGUUACACGGGAUAAAAAUAUGUAUUCCUGCCUGAAAAUAACUGGCGUGUUUGUGAUGAAAAUUUGACUCAUAUGGUGUUUACAGAACUACUUUUGUAACUUCCAGACUUUCUAAAACAGUCUGCUUAGAAACUGUUUAAAAUAUAAUUCCCAAGUCUCUGCGUCAAGAUCAAUACAGGAGGCCGCGAGUGGCCACGUGCGCGGGUGACCUGAGGCCGCACCAGUGUCACCACAGCGCCAGGCUGCGCCCGAUCCUGUGCGCACAGACUGCCGGGAGUUCUGAGGUCCAGACAGGUGCAGACAUGACAUUAUUCCUGUUCACGUUGAAGUGAUUUGCUUUGUUUAAAAAAAAAAUUGCAGCUAUUGUCUAGCAUUCAUUUUUCUACUGAAAACCUUAAAUUAGUCCCAUUAGAAUAGGGUUGCUACUCAGUCUCUUUUUUUAAGGCUGAAUUUCAUCAGUUAUCUCGAGGAAAUAUGCAAAAUAACUGGUCUUAUUAAGAGUGCAAUAUUAUAUUUUUAUGUAAAAAUACAAUUGAAUAUGGGGGGAUUAUUUAUUCAGCAUGAAACUUCCUCUGUACGUGUCUGAGGCGCCUCUGCCGUGCAUGUCGCAGAGACGUUCCUGGGAUGACCGCAGCUCCUCCUCUGUGUGCAUGGCCACUUCCGACGGAAUAAAGUCACAGGAACGGAUUUGAAGACUUAUUCUUUAUACAGUUUAAACAUAUGGCCAGGCCCUGGCCAGUUUGGC